ACGCGCAUAUCACUUAUUUCCAUUAACAGCCAUGUCUCGCGAAGCCUACAAAGUUCCCACAGGCCAAACUGGGUAUACUGGCGCAACCGGUAUCGUCGAAGGAACCACCAGCGAUGCGGUUUCCGUAACCUAUGUUUGUGGUGAUUGCAACUCCCGCGUCUCCAUGAAGCGUGGGGAUCAGAUCCGCUGCAAGGAAUGUGGGCACCGUGUGCUGUAUAAGGAGAGGACUAAGAGAAUGGUGCAGUUUCAAGCCCGAUGACACCUACCCACGUUCCCUUACCGGCGUUUCCACAGUACCAUAGGCGAUCAUGAGAAUCAGGUCAUUGCAGGAGAGGGUGUGCUUUUAACAUUUUUUUACGCUGUUUGCUUGCAACAGCUUCGUCAUGGCGCUAAGGAGUGGAUGUUUGAUUUUGAUUUUUAUGACCAAAAGAAAAAGCUUUGUCGCCAGAUGGGAGGCGGGAAUUCUCGGAUAGUAAUCAUGAUAAAAAUUUCUUGCGUCGUUUAUUGUCGCAUCGCCAGUUGAAAUCAUACCCGAGCGCAGCGUUGUUGUCAUCCUUCAAGGGACUCAUCCGUUAAGUUUCCCCGAAGGAGAAAAAAAAGGAUAUAAAUAUCAAUAAAUACAACGUGGUCCAUUCGAGACCCGAAAAGAUAUGACCAAAAAUUUUUUUUUCCCAA